UUGGUCACAAUUGAAAUGAUCUUCUAUAGGUUAAAACAAAACUGCAUCGCCCGAAAGAACAUAUUUCAAAAGAAUGGGAGCAUAAUCGACGCCACAAUAGCUACGAUGUUUUGUGCAGGUCUCACCAAUAUGCAGUCAAUGGGAAUUGGGGGUGGAUUCAUCAUGAACGUUUACAUAAAGAAGCAUAAGAAAGCAUACACCUUGGAUGCACGAGAAAUUUCAGCUAAAAAGGCAACCGAGGAUAUGCAUUUACAUGACCCUUCAACUACAAACGAAGGCCCUCUGUCAAUCGCUACUCCAGGCGAGUUGAAAGGUUAUUGGGAAGCUCAUCAGCGAUUCGGAAAGUUACCAUGGAGAGAAAUUUUGCAACCUUCCAUAGAUAUUUGCAAUAAUGGUUUCCCAAUGUCAAAACAUAUGUAUGAUUCAUUACACAUAAACUGGAAAGUUAAGCUUGACCAGCAGUUACGUGAAAUGUUUGUAGAUAAUAGCACUAGUGAAUUUCUCAAGCCGGGAACCCUCAUAAAACCAAAGAAGCUUUGUAAAACCCUCAGAUAUAUUGCAGAAAAGGGAGGCAACUCAUUGUAUAAUGGUAAACUUGGAGAGGAUUUCGCAGAAGAUCUCAAGGAAAUAGGUAGUAUUAUUACCAAGGACGAUUUAGAUUCCUAUAGUGUUCGUUGGGAUGAUUCAAUACCGGUAAAUAUAAACGGAGAUACUAUGUACGUGAUUCCACCUCCUGGUAGUGGCAUUCUAUUGAGCUUCAUCGUUAACAUUUUACGUAACUAUAAUUUUGGACCUGAAAGUUUAUCCACCGUCAAUGCCACAAUUUUAACAUAUCAUCGAAUAAUAGAAGCAUUCAAACAUAGUUAUGGUAAACGCACAAUGAUAGGCGAUCCAAAGUUCGUAAGCGUAGAUGAAUUAGUUCGAAAUCUCACAUCACCAGAUUAUGCCGAGCAAAUAAGAAUGAGCAUAGAUGAUAACAAAACAAAACCGGACUACAGUGAUUAUGGAGGACAGUUCUACAUCAAAGAUAGCCAUGGAACGGCACAUAUCUCUCUGCUGGGGCCUAACGGAGAUGCAGUGUCUAUAACUAGUUCAGUAAAUUUCUACUUUGGAGCAGCUCUAACUGGAAGUCGAACAGGAAUCAUUAUGAACAGUGGUAUGGAUGACUUUUCAUCCCCAGGGUUGAAAAAUUAUUUUGGAUUACCAGGUACUGAACGUAAUUAUAUUAGACCACAGAAGAGAGCUAUAUCUUCGAUGUCACCAACAAUCAUUGUGGGAAGUAACGGUAACGUUAAAUUGGUGGUCGGUGCAGCUGGCGGUACCAAAAUCACUACAGCAGUAGCAAUGAUUAUAAUGAAAAUACUUUGGUUCGGAAAGGACAUCAAGGAAGCCGUCGAUACUCCUCGUAUUCACCAUCAACUUAUUCCGAUGGCUUUGCAAUAUGAAUUUGGUAAUUUAGAGAUAAUAUUAAGAGGGCUACAAGCAAAGGGCCAUUCAAUACAUCGCUACCGUGAACGGGGUUCGAUUGUGUGCGGUAUAGCACAAAAUAAAACUGGUGUCUACGCCAAUGCAGAUUUUCGGAAAGGAGGAGAGGUUUCAGGUUUUUAAUAUAGUAAACAAAAAUAUAGUUUUAUCAAUAAAAGAAUGGGUAUAUUAAAAUGGUUACAAA